CGCCGCCGCCCGGCCUCUGUCGCCAGUUCCUGCCGCCGCGAUCGCCGCCCCCGGAAUGGAGAACUCUGCCCGAGCGCCAGGGACGCGCCGCAGCGCGCCGACGCCGCUCCAGCUGCUGGUGCCGGAAUAGAUGGGUGCAGCCUGGAGACCCUCGUCCGCCCCGCCCCAGCCGAGGUACAGUGCCGGGGCACGACCCCGUGACGGCCGCCUGGGGUUUGACCUUCCGGAGGGUCGUGGAGGCUGGCGGGGAGAAGGGUGCCACCUGAUGGGCUCGCCGGCCACACCGCCUCCUUUGGCGCCCCCGCUUCGGUAACUUGGCAGUGCUCAUGGAUCUGAAGACGGUGCUGUCCCUGCCCCAGCUCCCGGGGGCACCCCUGCACCCCGUCGUGUACGCCUGCACGGCCGUGAUGCUGCUCUGCCUGCUGGCCUCCAUCCUCACCUACCUCGUGCACCAGAGUGCCAUCCGGAUCAGCCGGAGGGGCCGGCACACGCUGCUCAACUUCUGCUUCCACGCGGCGCUCACGUUCGCCGUCUUCGCCGGCGGGGUCAACCGCACCAAGCACCCAGUCCUGUGCCAGGCGGUGGGCCUCGUGCUGCACUACUCCACGCUCUCCGCCAUGCUGUGGCUCGGUGUCACCGCCAGGAACAUCUACAAGCAGGUGACCAAGAAGGCCCCGCCCUGCCCGGGCACAGACCCGCUGCCCAGCCCCAAGCAGUCGCUGCUCAGGUUCUACCUGAUCAGUGGAGGGGUCCCCUUCAUCAUCUGUGGGGUCACGGCAGCCACGAACAUCCGGAAUUACGGGACGGAGGACGAAGGUGUUGCCUACUGCUGGAUGGCCUGGGAGCCCAGCCUGGGCGCCUUCUAUGGGCCGGCUGCCUUCAUCGCCCUGGUCACCUGUGGGUACUUCCUGGGCACCUACAUCCAGCUGCGGCGCCACCCCGAGCGCAGGUACGAGCUCAGGGCCUGGACGGAGGAGCAGCAGCGCCUGGCGGUGCCGGACGUGGGCCACAGCCCUGGGGCCGGGCCUGUCCUGCCACCUGCUGGCAACGCGCUGGUGGCCUCGCUGCUGCAGAACGAGCACUCGUUCAGGGCACAGCUCCGGGCGGCCGCCUUCACCCUGCUCCUCUUCGCGGCCACGUGGGCCUUCGGGGCGCUGGCCGUGUCACAGGGCCACUUCCUGGACAUGGUCUUCAGCUGCCUGUACGGGGCCUUCUGCGUGACGCUGGGGCUCUUUGUGCUCAUCCACCACUGCGCCAAGCGGGACGACGUGUGGCGCUGCUGGUGGGCCCACUGCCCCUCCGGCCGGGACACCCACCCCAAGGCCGCCGCCAACGGGGACGCGCGGGGCCACGCGGCCUGCCUGCAAGACUCCCCGUGCCCCGGGAGGCAGAGGGGCUUCAGCCCCCCACCCGCCGGCCACCGCAAGAUGACCAGCCUGCAGGCCGCGCAGGGCCACGUCCGCUGCCUGUCGCCGGCCACACCCUGCUGCGCCAAGAUGCACUGCGAGCAGCUGAUGGAGGACGAGCCCCCCGUGCACCAGCAGGACGCCUUUGCACACGACCUGCACCUGCACACGUGCCUCCAGGCCAGAACUACGCCUCCCUACUUCAGCCAGCCCCGCGCGGCGGCCGAGCGCGAGUACGCCUACCACGUCCCCUCGAGCCCGGACGGCAGCCCCCCAAGCUCGCGCUCGGACAGCGCCCCGAGCUCACUGGAGGGCCCGGCGGAUGCGGCCCACACGCCGGCGUGCUGCGCGCAGGGCGGGCCCUUCCCCCUGGCAGGGCCGCCCGAGGGCGACGACGCCAGCCCCGGGCUCUACGGCUGCGCCCACUUCGAGAUGCACCGCAGGACCCAGGCGCUGCCCGCGGGCGGCCCCGGCCAGAAUGGUCCCCUGGUGGGGGAGGCGCAGGGGGGCGGGCCCUACGGCCCCGACCUGGCGGGCAACAUCCGCACGGGGCCCUGGAGAAACGAGACGACCGUGUAGCCGCGGCAGGGGCG